AUUAUUCAUUUUAUAUUUUCCUCAAUCUUAGUUGUAACAAAUAUAUCUGCCUAACAUAGAUGUGACAAUACAAAGUACUGAUAUUUAGAGAAAUGGAACCAGCACCAUUAUUCCCAUUGUGUACUGCUGUUCAGACUAGGCAUGUGCUGGGCCGGCCCGAAGCCCGCAGUUCAGGUGGGUUUAGACUGACACGCACAAAAUGUUUGGGCUGCGGGUGGGUGCCUUGCUGUCCUCCCUGCCCACAACCUAACAGAGCCCCAACCUCCAUGUUGAGUUGCGCCUAUAUAUAGACGCUUGCCGCCCACCCCUCUGUGAUGUCAGAGAUAGGGGCAGGCACUGGUAUAUAAGGAAGCAUGGAAUUGCUGAGUUGGGUGCGGAUCUUGAUGCGUCGAGUUAGGGUCGGGUGUGGGUCGAGAAUUUUUCAACCAACAUAUCACUAGUUCAGACUGCCAGUCAUUACUGUGAGCUUUGUUGCUGUUAUGAUAUAAUAGCUUCUGUUAUGUUGUGUGCUAUAAUUGGGGCAUAUAGAUAGUAAGACUUUUAAAAAGCUAUUCUUAGCUACUAGUUAACUAAUAUAUGUAUCUUAUUCAUAUAUUUGUGCUUUAUGUCACCAAAGAGCAGUAUAAAUAACCUAAAACUCUUCUAUUAGGGAGUUGCUCUGUUGACCAUCCUCACCAAGUACUCUGGGAACCUCUCUAUACUUUUGGCCAGAAAAACAAGUGGAUUUAUGUUUCUUGACAGAAUGCAGAAAGGCCAUAAUUGGUGCCUUAAACCGUUUCCCACUUCACUCUUAUCCUUCAUUUUAUCCAGGAUGGGCCCCAUUUCUUAUUAUACCUGGGGGUGAAGUGGUUGUGUGGUGUGCUGCCAUGGUCUUUAGGUUUCCAGUAGCCAUGUGCUAAUCCAGAUAUGAGCAAUAUGUCCUGGGUCAUGGGUGGACAGAUGACCAAACAGCAGAGGAUUGAUUUGAACUGAUUAGCAGAACUUAAUCUGCAUAGCUGGAAAUGAGCAAGGCUUCUCCAAUAACAAGAUGUUUCUCACUGCUGUUGAAUGUAAACAUGAUAGUAUAUUCAUUAGCUGUAGUGGAAGUUAAUUUAACUUUAGCAAAUGUACAGGAUGCACCAUCAUUGAUUCUACAUCCGAUUUAAGCAAAGGUGGGAUUUGUUUGUUGUUGCAAGGAAUCACUGUAUUAAUAGGACAUUUGCAGCCUGAUGUUCAAGCCAAGAUUGUACUGUAGGACAUAGUGCUGCUUAAAACCAUGACUGGUGUGAUCUUUGUUCUUGAAAGGGAUUGCAAGGGGCUAAUGUCUCUUCCUGCCUGAACACUUGAUUGCACAAGUAUGCUUCUUAUCAAAUACACACAAGUUGUAGACUGUGUAAACCUACUAUAGCCACUCAGGUGUUCAAACAUUACCAAAUAUAGGGUAGUUACAUUGUGUAUGACAUCACAAUGGAAUCUCUUUGUUUACCAUGCUAUAUAAGUUGUAGUACUACCCAUAAUAAACUGAACUUGUUUUGCAACACACAAGCCUACAGUGUCGUUCAUUGCAAGUUCCCUGAUCAGCACGCUUGGAGAGAUGAUAUCAGAUGGUUUGCCGUUGCAUCAAGUAUAAGAUGAGCCGGCUCGCAGCUGCAAGGACAGUGCAGGGAUAGCACAGUGGAGUUUAGUGGCCCUAACAGUUUUCUGGUGUCAGAAGUGGAACGGCUGGAAAUCCAGAGGUAAGUAGAAUCACUGUCUGAACUGACGGUGUUUUCUCUUACCUUUGGCUCUUUCCGAUUGUCCGAUUCUUUAGUUUAAAUAAGUGUCUCAUGUAUGGUUGAGACUGUCUCAUGUAUGGUUGAGACAAGGGCAUGAUUACCAGUUUAAAUAAGUGUCUCAUGUAUGGUUGAGACUGUCUCAUGUAUGGUUGAGACAAGGGCAUGAUUUGCAGCUAAAGUGUCUCAUGUAUGGUUGAGACUGUCUCAUGUAUGGUUGAGACUGGUUAUAGAGAUCCCAUGGUAGUAUAGUAAAAUAGGGAUACUCAGGUUGUGCACGGAGACCAUUUCUUACUGACUGAUUCAUCUUUCCAUGCGUAUUAUUGUCUUGUCUUGUCUGUGUAUUUGUGUUUUAAAAUAUAUCUGUGAACAGCUGCAGCGUUAAGAGUGAUCGCGAGUUGCUAAACGGGUAUUGUUGGGACCUUGAUCUCAGUUCAGCCCUGGCUUCUCUGUUUCGUUGCAAUCGUACAUGACACGUUCUUUGAUAAGAAUUUAAGACUGUACUUGUCUUGAAUCAAGAUGGGUGGUAAGACUUCAAAAAAUUUACCACCGCCCCUCCUUAAUGAGACUUGCAAACAGUAUGUGUAUAGAUGUAGUCCUACUGGAGGAUUUUAUGUUGACCCCUGGGUAGAUAAUCUUGCAGGUUGGUGUGAACAUUUAGAGCUAGACAAUCCUUUUCCACGUGAUGGAGCUAAUGAUUUAUAUUAUAUGAAUAUAGUUUAUCAAAUGUGUGUUCAGAAGAAAGAAGGUGACCCUAAAUGGGAUUAUACAUAUAUGACACCGGGUGGGAAAAUUGGCUCAAGAUUGCCCCAGGUUGGUACUCUACACCUUCCCUCCCUAAGAACUACAAUCCAUGAAAAAUUGGUGUUUUAAAACUAUUCAACAACACAAUUCACAAUGCUCUACAACCUGUGAUCAAACUGUUAAUAUUACCCCAACCCCUUACAUGGCUAUCUACCCCAAUUUGACACAUAAACCAGAUACCGUGGAGGAUGAUGAGAUUUGCAUUGCUGUAGCUUCUGCUCCUAUAGUACCCCAAGCUGCCCCUAUAGCACUAGUCCAAGCAUCCCAGUUGGUUCAACAACCAAUGCCUGUCCCUGCCCCCACCCCGUAUGAUUAAACUGCAGCCUACCCAUUGCCGGCCUUCCCCCUAUCUGGCUUAGAUACAGUAGAUACUGAUAAAAAUCGAGAUACCCCAAAUGCCCGAAUUAGAAAAAGAUAUGGGGAUAACCAGGUUCUACAUAGGGCUGCCCUGAAGGUUGUACCCCACUUUUCCCUGUCAUCUCAUCCUCAUUCAGUGCAGACCCAUACAUUGUAUUAAACGUUGCAGGAGUGGAUUUAUUAUUCCUAGUGGACACGGGAGCCACCACCGGGUACUAACUCCCACUUUCCAAACACCGCCUUUACCUAUUGUAUGCCCAGGCUCUACCCGUACCAUUUCACACCCAUUUACACUCAUCCCUGGGUUCCCCCGAAAAGAGAUCUAUUCCACAAGUUAGGAUUUCAAUCCAUCAGAAUUUCCCCUGAUGGGGGCCUUUCUGCAGAUAUUUUUGUUUCCGAAACUAACUCUAUUUUUCUAAAUUUUAACGACCUUUUUACUAACCCUUCCAUUCUGUCUGUAUGGGCUAAUGACAAAUUUGAUGUGGGCUUUGUUGACUGUACACCUUACAAAGCACUACUUAAACCACACUCACAUCCAGUAUACAUAAAACAGUACCCUCUUUCACAGGAAAAGUUAGAUGGUAUCCGUUUGUUAAUACAGAUAUUCCUUAAUCAGGAUAUCCUCACUAGUGUUGUGUCUCUUUACAAUACUGAGAAUACAGAUGAGACAGCGCACACUCUUACAGAAUCCUAGACAGAUAACGUCCGGUGCACAGUGUCAGGAGUACGGCUUCUCCCCUCAAUCAGUGAAAAUAGAAACACAUUGGCACACGAGGCGAUUUAAUGCAGGGUUCUCCCCUUUACAAUACUCCCAUCAAUCCAGUUCCUAAGAAGAACAAUGAAUUUCGAUUCGUACAAGAUUUAAGAACUAUUAAUUCACUAAUUAUACCAAUUGCACCUAUUGUGCCAGACAUUACGGUUCUUCUUACCUCCAUUCCGUGUGAUGCUUUGGUGUUCACGGUUUUGGAGUUAUCUAAUGCAUUUUUUAUGGUUCCAGUAGACCCUGAGACACAGUUACUUUUGGCUUUUACUUUUGAGGUGUUCCAACUUACCUGGAAACGCCUCCCCCAAGGCCUAGUGGAUUCACCAGCGGCUUACUCCCUGGUGCUCCAGCAUACCCUUAAGUCAUGGGCCCCCGGCCAUGGUUCUGUCCUGCUUCAAUAUGUUGAUGAUUUAUUGUUGUGUAGUCCAAACCAGGAAGCUAACCACCAUGAUACCACCUCACUGCUGCAACAUCUGGCAGCAGAGGGUCAUAAGGUUGCUAAACAUAAAGCUCAGAUGGGGGCUGAGACUGUUGAAUAUUUGGGAUUCAUUCUUUCCCAUGGCCAGAGACAAUUAAAACCCAAAGAGAGUACAAGCACUGACUAAGAUAAAAAAAACCUGAAACUCCAAAGGAAAUGCUGUCCUUCCUUGGCAUCGUCAAUUAUUGCCGUCAAUGGAUACCGAACUGUUCUUACUUUGACAAUAUCUUAAGACAAUGUACUAAAAAGGAUGCACCACCUUACGUACAAUGGACUGAACAAAUGACUAAUGCUUUUCAUUCUCUCCUACAGACAUUGGUUACAGCACCUGCGCUUGGUUUACCUAAUUAUGUUAAACCUUUUCAUUUAUAUGUCAAGGACACCUGUAAAACCAUGGCUGCGGUCUGUGCUCAAGAAUCUGGGGGAAGUUUUCGUCCUGUGGCCUAUUUUUCCAAAGUAAUGCCGCUUCCGGUACAGGGGAUGCCGGCGUGUCUCAGAGCUUUAGCAGCUAGUGCUAUGGCUGUUGAACUGUCACAGUCUGUCACAAUAGGCCACAAUACUAUUUUGCACACCUCACAUCAAGUUACACACCUAUUGAAGAACAUUACCACCCAACACAUGACCUCCCAAAGAUUAAGUGGCUAUGAAGUUAUUCUAUUAGGUACUGCAAAUUUACAGAUCAAAUACGCAAUCAACACUCAAGGGCCUGCUGCCAUACUGCAUGCUCUAUUACAUCUGUCUGACCCUACUAAUGCUUUUAUACUCGAUCCUCAUGACUGUGUUGAAUCUAUCCACUACUCUACCUCACCUCGACUCAAUCUAACUGACACUCCUUUGUCACAUGCUACUAACGUUUUUGUUGAUGGUUCCUGCUCCAGGCCUUCCGAUGACACCUACAAAGCAGCAUAUUCAGUUGUCCAACUCCCUGAUAUUGUACUUGAGACUAAGUCUAUCCCUGUUAAUUCUGCACAAGCAGCAGAACUUAUAGCACUCACCAGGGCCUGUCACUUGUUUGCCAACCGCCCUGUUAAUAUAUUCAGUGAUAGUAGAUACGCUUUUGGGGUAGUUCAUGAUUUUGGCAAAAUUUGGCAACAAAGAGGUUAUGUUACUACAGAUGGGAAAUCCAUCGCACACCCUGCCCUCAUUGAUAAUCUUUUACAGGCCAUCCAGCUUCCUUCUGAAAUUGCAAUUAUCCAUUGCAGGGCACAUACCAACAGAACUGACGAGAUUUCCCUUGGUAAUGCCCUAGCAGACCAGGUUGCCAAAACUACUGCAUCCUCUGCCACUCCCACUGUCAUCCCCAUGUUUCUCCACACACCUCCGAGUUGUCCAGACAGUCAAAUUCUACAGUAUUUGCAAACAUUUGCCACUCAGACUGACCUGCAUUUUUGGGAACAGCAAAAUCUUACCCUUGACCAGUUUGGUCUUUAUUCCAUCCAAGGCAAAGUGGGUAUCCCCGAAAACAGUCUACCCCUACUUAUCUCUCAAGCUCACGGCAUUGGCCAUAGGAGUUCUAAGCUCACUUUGGCUGAAAUGCAAAAACAUUUCAUCGCAAAGAAUCUCAGACAGCAUUGUUCUACCUUUGUUAAAACUUGCCUCACCUGUCUUAGGGCCAACACCUUAGGAACACACAAAGUACACCAAAAUUUGCCUCCCCCAAUUGCACCUUUUUCUCACUGGCAAGUUGAUUUUACUCAUAUUCCUAAAAUUGGCAAACUACAGGAAUAUUUGCUCGUUUUUACCGACCAUUUCUCUCGCUGGGUAGAAGCUUUCCCUUGCCGUCACGAGGACGCCAAAACCGUUUUUAAGUUCCUAGUUAAUGACAUCAUACCCCGAUUUGGUUGUCCGCAACAAAUUAAUUCCGAUAAUAGCCCAGCUUUUGUUAGUAAGGUCCUCCAGCUUCUAAUUUCCACCUUACAAAUCACAUGGAAGUUUCACAUUUCUUACCAUCCACAGAGUGCUGGUGUUGUUGAGCGAAUGAAUCGCACCAUAAAGGAUAAGCUCACCAAAGCCACAUCUGCCACAUGGAAGUCCUUUUUACCUGCAGUACUAGCUGAAAUACGUAUGACACCACAUUCAGUUACUAAAUUAUCUCCUUUUGAAAUUGUUAUGGGACGCCCAUUUCCCACUCCCUGGGUCAAAGGCCCCUUAGUCAUCCAACACACUGAUCUUAAUUUAAUUCAGGAGGAGUAUGUACGUAAUCUUAUUACUACAUUGAAUGGCAUCUAUGGUGAUGUUUCUUUGUCUUUUCCUUUGCCCCCCCAGGAGCCGACCCAUCCAUUUCGCCCAGGCGAUCCUGUUGUGGUUCGACAGCUCCAUCGCUAUCGAAAAGGGGGAUUCCCAUUUGGCCCACGAGUCACAGUGAUUGCCAUCACACGGACAGCAGUCCUCACCGAUGCCAGCGACCAUUGGAUCCACGCUUCACGAGUGAAACUCGCGCCAACACUUCCAACGCCGGAACUGAGUAAAGCUGACAACACGGAACAUGACACCACCACCAAAUCCGUCACAGAAGGACCCGAAGAUGACGUCUCAGGACCUCACACCCCUACCACCGAUGAUGAUGAGGAAGUCGACAAAAUAUGCACUAUGGUGCAUAAUUGGCACUUUCCUUUUUCUAUUUUUCCCGAUUAUGAUAAUCCUUAACUGCAUAUGUUACCCAAACCCUCACAGCCCUUUGGGAUCAGUUUGUUACCAGUUUUUCAAGAGCAAUACAAGACUCCAUCGCCAUGAACGAUCAAACCCCAUCGCCACCUUAGGAGGUCAGUCUACUAAUGAAUGAUAAGUUGCAAUCAAACAAAGUGAUGGCACUACCACCUUCUGGUAUAACUCCAUUGGCAAAAAAUCUUAGCUCAGAUCGGUGUCACCUUAUUGAUUGUCUUAAUUUUUGUUUCAUUUCUUUUCUGCUGUAUAAUUCCCUAUAACAGGAAAUUAACUUCAUCUUUAAUUACUUCUUCUGAGGGCUUGCAACUUAAGCUUAUUCAUGCUGCUAGCGUAUAGUCACUUAUGUGACUAAAAGGGGGAUUGAAAGGGAUUGCAAGGGGCUAAUGUCUCUUCCUGCCUGAACACUUGAUUGCACAAGUAUGCUUCUUAUCAAAUACACACAAGUUGUAGACUGUGUAAACCUACUAUAGCCACUCAGGUGUUCAAACAUUACCAAAUAUAGGGUAGUUACAUUGUGUAUGACAUCACAAUGGAAUCUCUUUGUUUACCAUGCUAUAUAAGUUGUAGUACUACCCAUAAUAAACUGAACUUGUUUUGCAACACACAAGCCUACAGUGUCGUUCAUUGCAAGUUCCCUGAUCAGCACGCUUGGAGAGAUGAUAUCAGAUGGUUUGCCGUUGCAUCAAGUAUAAGACGAGCCGGCUCGCAGCUGCAAGGACAGUGCAGGGAUAGCACAGUGGAGUUUAGUGGCCCUAACAGUUUUAUUUUGUAAUUUUUAUU